AUGAGUGAAGAAAGCGUGGAGGAACGGCAAAAUAAUGAGCUAGCUGCGUUGCAGGCAAUAUAUGGAGAAGCAGUUACCGAUACCCGGGAGACUCUUGCAUGGAAAGUAUGGAGACCUCUAGACCUCUUGUUAACGCUGCACCCGUUGCACAAUUCGGAUGUCCAGGGCGUGCACUGUUCCGUCACUUUGCACUUUGAGUGUAGCAAUAACUAUCCUUAUACGCCGCCAACAAUCUCUAUAAACAAAAUACACGGGUUGUCCGUUGAGAACGGUGCAAAACUUCUGGCUGAAUUGGACAAAUUGGCGUCUGAGCUUUGUGGAGAAGUGAUGAUAUUCCAACUAGCUACUCACGCACAGCAAUUUCUACACGACCACAAUAAACCUACAUUGUCGUUCUACGAUGAGAUGGUGAAUCAAAAGAAUGAACAGGAAAAACUAAAGCAGCUGGACAAACAGGUUAAAGAAAAUGAAGAGCGUCAGAAAAUUAAAGAUGAGGUUCAAAAACGGCAAGAGAUCUUGCAAAAGGCGGGCAGGCAGAAAGUGCAUCGGUCGAGUUGCAGCCAGGAGAACAGCAGCGAGGGGCAGGGAGAUACUCCAGAACUUGUUUAUUAUGCAGACGAUAGAGUGUCUCCGGCAAAGAAAGUCGUACGUGCCCGCAAAGAAGUACCUUGCACGUGCAACAGCAAAGGCGCUCAAGUCCUAAGAGUGACACAGAGGAACAAUAAGAAAGUUUAUAUUGGCAAUUGUUUAGGGCACUCAUCAAAUGGCUCCACAACUUACCUAGCGAUAGAUGACGAAACAGGCGAGCGCAUGAUCGCCAAAAAAUGGUCGCUGAACCCCGCUACAGACUUCCAAACUCGCAACCGGCAACUAACAGCUUUACAUCAAGAUUUCAAAGCAAUAUGUCGGUUAAAACAUACCUCCUUAGUGCCUUAUAUAGCUAUGGAAACGUGUAAAGAACCUACGAAGCGUACAGUGAAACAGAGUGUAUAUAUAUUCAGAGAUUUCAUUCUAGGCACGUCAGUUAAAUUUUUGAAAAACAAAUUCUUUAAAUUCAGUGAUAAGUACGAAGUUUUGAAGUUUGUUAGGCAUUUGGGUCUCGGUGUUUUUAGUGCGCUACACGAACUACACAGUGUCAGUGUACAACAUCGGGAUGUGAGAAGCGAAAAUGUGUUUUUGGACCAUUGUGGUGUCGUCAAGUUGGUUGGUGUGGCUUUGGACUCUCGAUUGAGUGAGAUGUUCGAAGAAGACAGUUAUUGUGAUAGGCAGACCAAAGCCCAAGACAUAUACGCAGCGGCGCAGAUGCUGCUCUCUAUCAUCAACCAGGAGGGCCCAAUACAGGAAAUAUCAAUGGAACUGCCUGGAUCAGCAAGGGACUUCUUUUCCAGAUGUCUCACAGAAGACGAGCAGUCUCAAUGGUCGACAGAACAGUUAGUAAGUCAUGGGUUCCUGGUAGAUGUACCAACGAAAUUACCAAAUGGAAGGAAAACAGAUGGCGCUGGAAGUGGCUCUGAGGACGAGGACGCAAUAAAGAAGAUCCCGCAAUUGAGUCCAAGUACAAGCGGCCAUUCUCGUCUGAAUGUGGAAUUCGAGGUCCUGAACUGGAUUGGCAAGGGUGCUUUCGGAGAUGUCUUAAAGGUAAAAAACAAACUGGACGGCGGUUUCUACGCAAUAAAACGGGUGCAACUGAACCCAGAAAAUGUCCAGCUGAACAAGAAGAUCACGAGAGAAGUGAAGCUACUGUCCCGAUUGAACCACGAGAACGUUGUCAGAUAUUACAACGCGUGGAUCGAGUCGAUGAUUGAAAUAAACGAGUUCGGCGACUCCACGACUGGCAGUAUACAGGUUGUUGUAAAAACGCCAACAAAAAAGAAAACAGACAGUCUAGAAGACGUGGUUGCGAAACUUGGUCAAGGUGUGAAAGUGGAAUGGUCCAUCUCCGAAGGCCCCGUGCAGAAGAUCAAUUCUAACAGCGACAGCGAAGAUGACGACGAUGACGAAGCCGAUCCUUGGUUCAACAUAUUGAGCCCCGAGAACGAGGAAAGCAGCUUGAUAGAGUUCGAAGUGGACUCAAACAACCAAUCGCAAACAAUUCCAUCGGAAGACGUACCGGACUGUCCGCGCCCACAGUCCGAGAAACUUAAGCAAGUUUUGUACAUUCAGAUGGAAUUUUGCGAAAAACACACUCUUCGACAUGCAAUAGACAACGGUUUGUACCAGGAACAUUUCCGGGCCUGGCGGCUCUUUAGGGAGAUAGUGGAAGGCUUGGCUCACGUCCACCAAAGGGGCAUGAUCCAUAGAGAUCUGAAACCCGUUAAUAUUUUCUUGGAUUCCAAUGAUCAUGUGAAGAUUGGUGACUUCGGGCUCGCUACUAAGGCGUUUACAGGAUUGCAUUUGGAUGAGAAAAAUAAACAUCAAGAAGAAAUAGGAGGUUCACUCACGGGACAGGUAGGCACAGCCCUAUAUGUAGCCCCAGAACUUCUACAAUCAGCGAGCAAAGUGAUAUACAACCAGAAAGUGGACAUCUACUCGCUCGGCAUAAUCUUGUUUGAAAUGUUCCACGCGCCAUUGAGUACCGGCAUGGAAAGAAUGAUGGUGCUGACCGACUUGAGAACUAAGGAGAUAAGAAUGCCUCGGGAAUUUGAAAAGGAGGAUAACGCCAAACAAAUUCAUGUCAUCAGGUGGCUUCUAAAUCACGACGCGUCUCUCCGUCCAACCUGCGCAGAGCUACUAGCAAGCGAGCACGUACCUCGACCAGUACCAGAAGGAGCAUUAUCUGGUCUCCUUUCUCACACUCUCAGCGACCGAGGAUCAAGAGGAUACCAGAGACUGGUAGCUGCAUGUCUGGACCAGAAGCAAUCGCCCGCCGAAGAUUUGACGUACCAUAAUGACAUGAAAACGAAGCCUGUCGACGUUCUUUGUUAUGUUAAAGAUGCUGUGGUUAAGAUCUUCCGCAGCCACGGAGCUACAGAGUUCUCACCACCUCUUCUGUUACCACGAGCAAAAGCGUGGGACCAGUACCCCAACGCCGUCAAAGUUAUGACAGCCAGUGGUACCGUUUGUCAUCUGCCUCAUGAUCUCAGGCUGCCUUUUGCUAGGCAUAUAGCUUACACGGGUACGAAAUGUAUGCGUCGCUACGUUGUCGAUCGCGUGUACAGAGAGAAGCACGUGCAAGGCUUUCAUCCGAGAGAGAUAAUUGAGUGCGCGUUUGAUAUCAUCACUCCCAAGACAGAUACCUUCUGGGCGGAUGCAGAGCUGUUAGUGGUAGCAAGUCGAGCGGCUGCUGAGAGCUCCCUUAAAGUGUCGAUACAGUUGAACCACGCGGAGUUGUUGAGAACGCUGUUGCUCUGCUGCGGGGUGCCGUUGGAUAAGCAGGCCGAUAUUUACCCUGUACUCGUCGAUGUUAGCUUUGGACGUAUAACAAGUCUCCAGCUACAAACCCACCUGACCUCCCUCUGCAUCACCAAUCGCGACGUAUCGAACCUGCUCCGUCUUAUGGAAGCUGAUGUGGCAGUAUGCGAAGUGAAGGAGCUCGUGACGCCAUUGGUGAAGCAAGCCAAAUGGUGCAAAAUCGUCAAUCAAGCCGUCUAUGAAUUAGAAGCCGUGUAUAGGAACGCCAAAGCUCUGGGAUGUGACUGCCCAAUAACAAUAGCGCCGUUCCUGGCAUACAACGCGACGCAGCAUAGUGGGGUAUUUUGGCAUAUGACCGUAUUGCGCGACAGCCACAAGCCGAGUAACAAACGCCGCGCUGGUGACCUCAUCGCUGCCGGCGGCAGGUAUGACGGCCUAGUCGAAGAGUUCUGGAAGGUGGCUCGCGCAGAAAGCGACAACGACAGCGCUGAGCUCAAGUGCAAUUCUCUUGGCUUCUCCAUGUCGCUAGAGCGAAUGGCCGCCAUAUUGAAAAAGAUGGAGACCGAGGUGCCAAAUACGAGACAUAAUGCUGAGUCAACACUGAUCUGCGUGUGCGUGUGCGGCACGGCGGGCAGCGGCCGCGACGGGCAGGCGGCUACGCGGCGCGCACACCUCGCAAGGGACUUGUGGGCGGCUGGAUACAACUGCUGCGCGUGGAGCAGCGUAAGCGCUGAUGCGCACGAGUUGAUCCGCGCUGACAUCGUUCUGCAGCAGGACGACGCCUGCGUCAGAGCCACUUGUUGGAGCCGCUGCAGAGUGCUCGAACAUAAAGUGCCGUUCAUAGAUGUGCUCGAUUUCCUGAAGCAAAAAGUCAAUCCGAACACAACUCGAUACUCAGAAGGUUCAGCGACUCGUUCGGUAAGUUGGACUGACACAGAGAAAUCAAAUAGUCCAAACACUUCCAUUACCUUCAUCACGGCGAGUGAACGAAUGACCAAAAACUCCAAAAGGCAUUGUGAAAAUCAGAUCAACACGCAGGUGACGUCGACGCUGGCGCUGCUGGGGCUGCAGCCGCUGUUCGCGCGCGUGCGCGUGCACGUGCUGGCGCUGGCGUGCGAGGCGGCGUGCGUGCGCGCGCUGGCCGCGCACCUGCUGGCGCCGCUGGACGCGCACGACCUGCGCGGCGCCUGCGCGCCCGUCUUCGACGCAUACCAGAAAAGUCAGGACAUCCUUGACGAAACGCUGAAGGAGCUUACGAACAUUGCAAAACAAAAUAAUCAGAACCGAUCGUCAGACGAAACACAGCUUUAUGCUUUGUACUCUAUACCUGAUUCUCUCUGCAGGAUCAUUACGUAGCACUGCACCCCGGACACUCCAUACAACAGUCGACAAUUAUUUACCUACUAUUACUACAUACAGCAAGG